AUGGCUACGAUACAGGGCUCAUGCCAUAACUGUCACGCUCGAAAGGUGCGAUGCGACCGAAAUACACCCCGGUGUUCCUCGUGUCAGAUGCGGGGUGUUGAUUGCCAGAGACCGGAAUCUCCACCGCGGAUACUCUGGCUGCGGCCGCGCAAUGCUCCUCAUGGCGAGGGUGAAGUGGAGGAGUUGCAUGCACGGCGGCAGCCUCUAUUCACAGAAUACCAACUCGCUUGCAAUGCUGGCGAUCUGGUAUGCGUCUUGGGAAGCGUCUCGAUAGCCGCGGCUCUGAAUGAGCUUGACCAACAGGCUGUUGGUUCCCAGAGCGAUGAGACCGUGUCCAUUGGACCUUUCCGUGCUUUCCGGUUCAUGAAUGACAAGCCCCCCAUUCAACCUGACGGAGGGUCGGACACCAAUGCCUUUGGAGGCCUCGACCCGGCAAUGUCAGAGGCAAUGUAUGGACUACCAGAUGAUGCAAUCUCACUCUCCAAUAUAGCAGCACAUAUGGAUACCUCCAGUCAUGCAUACUCAGCUUUGAACCCACCCCAGUUCGCAUUCCCUUUACACAUACCAUUCGUACGACGGACACCACAAGACCUGGUCGACUUCACGGCCCCUACCGCCAAGCUCCUCUUGGAUCAUUACCGCCACACCAUUAUCAACUACCUGGCCCCAGCGCGUGUCAAGUCCAAGUCCCCCUGGGAGAAAAUCUACAUCCCCAGCAUGCUCGGUGCCAUCGGUGAGAUCCUUCUCCAAGGGAACAGCAGCAACGCGAGAGUGUCCCUUCUCUUCUCGGUCCUUGCAGUUAGUGCAUACAGUCUACAUGAAAACACACUGUUAGAAGAUGAAUGGGGUUGUUAUGCAAGCCCCCGCCUCCUCGGGAACACGUAUCGUGCGAGAGCUACUGCACGCUUAAAAAGAUCCCUACGGGACCUGUCCGCCGGCGGGACAAAGAAAGACAAGUACAAGGAUAUCCUCAUGGCACUGCUGAGUAUGGUGACUAUUUGUAUAGUCAGCGGCAACAUGAACUACGCAGCACACUACCUGCGCGACAUCGAGGAGAUCAUCCACCGGUACGGAACACGCAAGGUCGGCCGAUCGGUGAAAGUGCGCAUGCUACACAGUAUCUAUCUCUACACUCACAAUUGGGUCCGGGACUUGGAGGACUCUGAUCCGAAAUUCCGGUCCCCUUUUGAGGAUAUUUACUCUCUACCGCAGUCGCUGUUUGAGCUCAUCGCCGCGACAACGCGAUUAGCAUCCAGUUUGGGAAGAUCAACUAUGCGCGACUUUUCAGAGCCAGUACAUCCGAGUACGCUUCUAGCAAGUGUGAGAAUUCUAGAGGCUCGAAUUUGCAGUUGGGAGUACGGCACCGAGGACGUCGACGGUGCAUCUCCAAGGCCCCCACCGGAGCGCUCUCCGUACCACCUCGUCCAGGCGGUCCACAAAGCCCUGAUCAUCCACUUCCACCGGGCCAUCGGAACACACAGGCUCAAUGACCAAUCAGCAGAUACUUGCUGGCCCGCGUUUAUUGCUGGCUGUGAAGCACUGGAUCCUCAGCUACAGGGGGAGUUUGCCCGGUGGCUGCAUAUCGCCGCCCAGACGACGGGGAUCCGGAUGUACACUGUAGCGCUGGAGGCCAUGCGGCAGGUCUGGGAGGCGCGGAGGCGUCCUGGCAAGCAGGAUGCGGCCUGGUCCCAGGUGCUGUUCAAUUCCAAGAAUCGAAGGGUGUUGGUGCUAAGCUGA